AUGGGUUUACUUGAGACAAAUAGCGUUCUGGACGGCAUCGAGUCGUUCGGAGAAUACGGCAAGGACGAGGGCCUGAACAACGGACUGUUUUCCUGUCUCCUUCGCAAGGACACUGCCCCCAGGGAGGAUAGAUCUAGACGACCCUGUCCUUUCUGGAGCAACGGUCCCGAGAGGAAAGGUCUUUCAGAGAAUGUUUUCAUCGCAUGUACCAAGGCGAAGAUCCCCCUCGUUUUGGAGGGCGACGCACCUCCAAAAUCGCCAAUGGGCGAGAUGAUGCAAUACGCCGCCGAUCAACGCGUGGCCCGCCUUGGCUACAUCGGCAAGACGUCUGGCCGGGGGCCUCUCGCACUGACGCCGGACUUGACGGAUGCCUGGCGCACUGGUGCUGUGACGGAUCAGCAACUGCGAGACACGCUCAACGGAGGAACGUUCACCAUCGAUAACACAGAGGAGAAUAAGAGCAGGGACAGGACGUGCUACGCCACGAUGGAAAACGACACCGUGACUGCGAUGAUUCGAGAAGGGACGCGGAUGGGAGAGCUUUGUUUUCCACGGAGGGGCAACCACCAACGAUGUGGGAGAUUGACUGGAAAUUCGGCUGACGGCGUUGCGUGGUCGGGUAGCGAGUGCAUGCUAUUUGCCAAAGACGGUGGAAUGACCAACCCACACGUGGACGUGCAAUCUGUCCCGGGAGGAACGGGGACAAUAAUCCACAUGCCCGCAGCGGGAGUCAUUCGCAGAGUCAACCAUGCUGACGCACAGGGGCCGGCUAAGCAGGCCAUCGUAGUGCAUGCUGACGAUAUGUCGAGGGUGAUCGAAACUCUGCAAAUAAAUACCGGCAAGGAGUCCGCCAGUCAGUACGGCGGUCCGCCGCGAACGCUUACGGAGUUCGCGAGAGUGUUGAGAAACGAGGGAAUUCGGUUUGUUGUGAUCAACUUUCCUGUGCGCUGCUCGUACGCCCUUCCCGCGAGGUGUGCACACGCGUUUGUCACGAUAGGGUUGGUUGAGAGCUCGGCUUGGCACCCUGUUUACAAGCAGGAUAUGAAGUGUUCCGUGUGA